GUAAAUAAUUAGAUGGACCACUGCCUUCGAUACAAAUGAGUAUGAAUUAUGAAGGUACUAUAGAGUUGCUAGUAACUAUUGAAAGUGAUCGUCGAAUAAGAAAAUUUACAAAACAAAGUCUAUGAAAAUGAAUAAACAUUUGACAAGAUAUUGAAGAUACUUCUACAUAGAAUAUAAAAUGAAGAAUAAUUUGUAUAAAAGUUUUCAAUGUCUUAUUUGUAAAUAUUCUUUCGUAAGGUUAAAUAUUUAUAUUUAGAGUAAAUACUCAUUCUCAAAUUUCCUAGUAAAGUUCUUAUAACUCUUGUUUAUAGUUUACAUAGUAAGAAAAAAAAUUUCUUGAAUAUUUAAAUUCGAAGAAAAAUGAAUGCAAAGUCACGAAACUGUCAAGAUAUUAAAGAACGAUUUUUAUUUUGCUCUACGAGUGAGUCUUUUCUUAUUUACAAUAUUAAUUACGAGUAUCAAAAAAAAUUUUGCAUUCAAUUCUUCUGAAAUAUUUAUAUGCAAUUAAAAAUUAAAACAUUUAAAUUUUUAGUCUUUUGUCAUUCUUCAAUCUUAUGAACAUAUCUUCUUUUCACAUUGAAUAUACAACAAUAAUAGAGAAAAAAGGGUGCAAUUUUAUUUUUAAGUUUGCUGUUUUUUCACUUCAAUCAUAGGUCACUCGCUUGUACUUAAUUGUGAAUCAGAUGGUGUACAUUCUUUUUUAUUUUCUUUAAAAUAGAUAGAUGAAAGAUUAAUAUCUUCAUCAGUAAUUGCGAUAGUUCCAUUAUUUGCUGUUGAAGAAGGUAUUAAAAUUUAUGUAGUUGUUCUAGGUGGUAUUCAUAGUCAAAAACAAUCAUGA